AGUUCAAUAAAUGACUUAUUUGUAGUAGGGUACUUCAAGGUAGUAGGUGUGACAAGUGGGUCUAGCUUUGAUACAUCAUCCAUGUGUACGGUGUUAUUUCUUAAUUAAAAAUAUGACUAGAGAUGUCGUUGAAAAGAUUCCAUUUGAGGAAGCGCUUGAUCGUACAGGAUACGGCCCAUACAACUACUUCCAGACUGCCACGACGGGGCUGGCGAUUGUGGCGUAUGCCCUCGUGGGGUUCAGCGGCACCAUGGUGGUGCCCACCAGCGCCUGCGAGCUCGGCACCACGCACGCGCAGCAGGGGAUCCUCGCCGCUAUACCAUUCAUAGGGUACAUAAUGGGCGGGGUGGUAUGGGGCUACCUGGGCGACACCCGCGGCCGGCGCCACAUGCUUCUUGUGUCACUGUCUCUCGCCAUCUUCUUCAACACCCUCGUCAGCCUCUCCGUCAACUGGAUCAUGAUGCUAGUCUUACAGUUUUUAACGACCAUAGUGUCAACCGGCCAAUACACCCUGGCUGUGACUCUGCUGAGUGAGUCUGCGCCGAUGGCAAAAAGGAACCUAGUGAUGCUGCUGGUCGCCAGCACAUACAUACUCUCGACGGCUGCCAUGUCAGGAAUUGCCAUCCCAAUUAUUCCGUUGAAGUUCUCAUACAGUAUUCCAUUUUUGGGGAUUUUCUGGAACUCUUGGCGCACGUUAGUGCUGGUGUACUCUGCACCGUGUGUACUAUGCUUGCUGUGUGUGCUGUGCCUGCACGAAAGCCCCAAGUUUCUACUCUUGAAAGGAGAGGAGGAGAAGGCUAUGAAAAUUCUCAGAUCCAUCCACAGGAUCAACCACAGGAAUUCAGAGGAAAAAUUUCAAGUCACCGGUGUUUUGCCAGAACAAAAUAAUACAACUGGAUUAGAAAAAUCAAGGAUGGAUAUAAUUUUGCCAUUGAUUAAAACUCCUCUUCUUAAGUACACGAUUGGCUUGACUGUCCUUUCCUUAUGUAAUCAAAUUUCUCCUUUCAUAAUAUGGUUUCCGAAAAUAGCUAAUCAAUUUGUAAAUAUAAUCCAAAAUGGAGAUGGAGCCAACCAAAAUCUUUGUGGUAUUAUCGAAAAUAAAGACACAGUUCUUUCCAACAUUGACGCAGCACCAUGUUCUCUGAAUGUCCCAUCUCUUUUAAUUACCAUUGGAUUAAGCUUUUUAACGUCUGCUGGCAAUCUGAUCUUAUGCUUGGUGGUCAACUACACCGGUCGUCGUAACUUGGUGAUAUUCCUAACCCUGGCCCUAGGGGUGUGCGGCGUCGCGACAAACUUGGUCCACAAUGCUUACGGCAGUGGGGUCUUGUUCCUCAUCUUCUGUUUCGGCCUUGUCAUCAAUGGACUGUACCUAGCAAUGGCAGUGGCAUUCUUCCCUACUUCCGUCAGAGCUACGGCAGUGGCAUUCGUGGGUACUUUAGGUGGAGUAGCGAAGUUUGCAGGCACGCAGAUCCUAAAUCUACUGCUUCAAAAUCACUGUGAGGCUGGAUUCUAUAUCUUCGGUUCUCUAUUUGCUUUUUCUGCGAUAGUGGCCUUAUUUCUACCUGAUGACCGUAUGGUGGUGAAAGCGGCCCCACAAAAGAAACCAUUUGAUUGUGAAAAAACCUCCUGAAUAUGAUGAUGAUGUUGAUGUUGAUUGAUAAGAAUGAUAGUUAACAAUAAAAAGUUUAAAUAAAUAGGUACAUUAAAACAAGGCUGUUCUUUAUUGUAAUUCACAUAAAACUAUUUUUAAACUACUAAUCUACAAAAAUAUAGUUAGUUGUGAGUACCUAUAGCAGGAACCUAUGACGCACAGUCGUCCCGGUCCCCCUGCUGUACGUUCCUCCCACUUAUAGAACGGCUGCCAAUUUGAUAUUGUUUCUUUAUGUACGAGUUCCCCAAUAGCCGUAGAUCAGUGUUUAGGUAACCAUAUUGAAGAAAAGAUUUUUCACCCUUUUAUAACUUGUGCACAGAUAUCCUUGUUUUACUAUAA